AGUAAUGGAACACCUUUCUUGGUGAUGUUGCUUCAGUCUUUGAGUGAGUCUGGUUGGGAGCAGGUGCAAGGCAAGUCAUGGCUCGAUGGACUUUGGUCAUCGGACUGCUGCUUGUGGUUGUUGCAGCAGCAUACGCAGGUGAUAUGAUGCGCAAGUCAAUCGUAUUCAAUAAGAAAACUCCAGACGUCUUCUACUGCCCACAGCGGAAACCGACAGGUUUUGACAAGAUGAUUGUUCAGGCACGACCCCUAAGCAAGUUGUGUGAACAUGGCGGUAAUGGACUACCACCUGACUACAAGAGCGAUUGUUACAAUGAUGUUGAUGAGUCAGAAUACGCAUGCAAGGAGAAGUAUCGCAUCAUGAAACGGAUCCGGAAGGAGCAGGAGGCCGAAGCUGAUACGCCAAAUGAUUUCAGUUCCGUGAAGAUCUAACUUACUUUCUUGAUACAGAAACUGUGUUUGAAAGUAAUUAGAUGAGACUUUACCCGCCAGGCAGUGAGGAUGCUGAGAAACAUUUCCCUGAUGGUUUUAGCUACAAAGGAAAGAAAAGUGUUGCUUACAAAAAGAAACCUUGAAUGUAAAAUUAAAUGACAAAAGUGUAACAUAAGAUUUUAUAUUUAGAAGUAUUAAUGGUGUGAAAACAUGCAGAUGUAUGCUGUAAUCAGUAUUCUUGACAUAUUUUGUUGUCUUACUGUAUACAUUUUAUGUUACUGAAUAUUGUGAUGAGCAUUUAGGUAAAAUAUACACAGUACUAUAAACUAAAUCUGUAAUAAUAAUAAUAAUAAUUAAUAGGGCACUUGCUUUUCAUAUUAUUCCAUAAAUUAAUAGUCUUAUUCAGAUUAUAAAUUUUACAUUUUAGUUAUUUGUUUGUAUUCAUUUAUAAAUUAAAAUUAUGCAAUAGUAUAACUGCAUUCAUUUGGAACUGAUAUAUAAUAAUAUUUUCAUAGAUUGGUCGUAGGAUAUCAUUAAUAUUGGUGUAGAAUAAUGAGGGUAAUAACAAUAAUUGUGCCAACUGCGUUACUUUAGACUAAUUUUUGAAGGGAACAUUUUAAAAUUAAUAAUACAGUAAUAAGAAAAUUGUCACCCUUACUCAAUAUAAAAAUUCAAAUCAUAUAUGCAGUAGAAGGUGUAAGGGAUGUUGAUAUAAAAAUACAUUAUUAGGCCAUAACUUGCAGUUUUCUUUACAAGUUAUGUACAGGAGUGGCAAAAAUUGAUGGUACUUUAUUUCUGGAAGCAAUUAUUAUGCACUGACAAAAAACAAUCAAUGCAAUAUAUAUAAUAAAUAUAGGUUUUGUGUGUAUGUCAUUGAUUCAUGCUAAUAUAUAUGAGUUAUGUAUUUAA